UUUUAGGAGAUUUUUGGGGAUGAUGAAUAUUGCAGGAUUGAUGAUUCUUUGGGCGAUGAGUUAUAUAACUUUAGUUGGAUGAUUGAUACUUUGUGUGAAGAUAAAGAUUUCUUCUAAAAAUCCUUGCUCUGUGGAUGAUAAGAAGAAAGUGACAAAGGUUGAGAAGCUGCAAAUUAAGGCACAAGGCGAUGGCUGAACAAUUGAUAUUUCUGGAUCCCAUUUGGGAAUUAAACAAGAAGAUCAAAAUGGCCUCUCCCGGUUUGCAGUCAAGCCUGCUACAAAGCGGAUAAACAUUGAAGAACUUGUGAAGAAAUAUAGAGACAGAACUUCCAUGCGAAAAAACAAUAAUCCAGAAUAUGAUGUCUAGAUUACUUUCUCCAUCUUUGGGAUGAGAAUAGAGAUCGCAACAUUGUACAAU